UUUCGACACGGUGACGCGUCUGACCUUCUUCGCGCAGGGUUCAGUUCGCCCGGUUUGUCCUACGCGACCUCCCGUAUCAAAACAAAGAAGCGGCGACCGCGGGGUGGGCGAAAUAAAACCAGAAAGAAACAAAUAAUACGCGUUUGCUACCGUCGCUAGCUACAAUGUUACUUUACAAAAACCUACAAUUAUUUCAUAGCACAGUCAAAAAGUUUGUUCUAUUUUCAUAACCACUCUUGCUAUGUUUUUAAGAGACAGCUAACGAGGCUAAGCAGCUAGCUAACAGUUAGCAGCGGUGCUAAUGAAAGGUGUUUUAAAUAUUAUUAUUAAAACGGUGCAGAGCAUGUUUCGGACCGGGUGUCUGGUUCGGGCUACACACACCCUGCUAACCUGGGUCACAACCCUCGUACUGUUCCUGCACGACACCGAUUUGCGGAAGUGUGAGGAGCGAGGAGAGCUGCUGCUGCCCGUUCUGUUCUUCCUCCUGGUCGUGCUGUCGGUGCUGUUAUACUUUGCGGUUUCGUUAAUGGACCCUGGCUUCGUUCUUACUGACACUGUCAAGGGCGUUCAGGGUUCAGACGAGGAAAUGGAGUCGAUGAUUCCGCAGGCCCCGACCCCACGGCUGCGGCGCUGCGGAUACUGCCUGCUGCAGCAGCCAAUGAGAGCAAAGCACUGUCAGACGUGCAAGCGCUGCGUCCGUCGCUUCGACCACCACUGUCCCUGGAUCGAGAACUGUGUUGGAGAGAGGAACCACCGCUGGUUCGUCGUCUACCUGCUGGUGCAGCUGCUGGCUCUGCUGUGGGCUCUUCACGUUGCUCUGUCUGGCAUUUCACCCAGCGUCACAUGGGAGCUGUGGUUCAGAGGGAACGGGUUCCUGCUGGCGGCGCUGGGCGUCGUCGGGGUUUUCUCCGUGGUGGUGGUGCUGCUGCUGGGCUGCCACCUCUACCUGGUCUCCAUCAGCUGCACCACCUGGGAGUUCAUGUCCCGUCACAGGAUCUCCUACCUGAAGAACUGCGGAGACGAGGAGAACCCGUUCGACCGCGGGGUCUUCUGCAACCUGUGGGAUUUCUUCUGCAUCUGCAGGACGGUGGUCUGGGAGCAGGUCUACCAGAGAAGCAACACAAAUCCAGUCUAGACUCACUGAGACUGGUGUCAGACAAACUUGUGGAUCCUCUCGACUUUUUGUAUUUCGCUACGAUGGAUACAUGGACUGCAGGGUCCAAAGUCCAACAACUUUGGACCAUAAAAUGAUGGUUUGAUACCUGCAACUCGUACGGCGGACACACGGACCAGAAGACACUAAGCAAAUGAACUGCAUUCAAGCCAGUUGUCCUUUUCAAGCCCGAUGAAAGUACUGUACCUGGGUUUUGGACGACCACCACUUCGGUCCAGAACUAUCUCUGCAUGUUCCAGAUGCAUUAGCACAUUGUCACUCAUGGUCCUCAGAGGGUGAAUCUUAAUGACGUCUGUGAUCCCGACUUUUCCCACAGAGGUGCCACGAGGCGCUCAUUUGUGGUUUUCAGUGAAAUGACAUUCACGUCCCCCUCGGGAUGAAUAUUAGUGACGCCGGCGUUCCCUUAACUUUUCAUUUAGCGCCAUCAUUAAAAACGACGCUGCGCCGGGCAUCAAAAAAGUGAAACCCGGCUCAGCUUUUGCUGCAACGCUAUGUGUGACGUCUUCCGGCGCUCUUUGUUGGCAGGACACAAACACCCCGGCCGACGCUGUAUUUCUGCCGUUGGCCUCGAGAUGGUCGCGACGAAAGACAAAGAUAAAUCUGUACUAAGCAAACAAGGCAAAGAAUCUACAUAUUGCACUAAUUAUUGGCUCUUGACUGUUAACAAGGUUUCACAACUGAAAUCUUACCUAUAAUUCUUAAAUAUUUAUUUUAAAUCUCCAGACUGGGAUCAAUUUGUUUUUGUUUUUUUUAAUAAAUAAUUCCAAUUACAUUCUUACUGACUGCAGUAUGUCUCGAUUAUCACGGGGCUCAACAAUCGAGGCAACAUGACCGACCACUAAUACUAUGUGGUGAUAGUUGGGUCCACAAAAGCAGAAAUGAUU